GAAAAAUAGUAACCGCUCCUCAUCAACAGUUACUGCCGCUCACUACCCAUUGCCGCUGCUCACCACCCAUCGCUGUUGCUGCUCUUCAACAACUUUAACGGCGGCGGAGACCUCCUCCUUGAAGCGGACUUUCUCAGUGACUUGAGCUUCAGCGUGAGUGAGAAGGAAGAGCUUAUAUGCGAGGAUGAGGUGCGGUUGCGGAGUUUCCUCUUAACCUUCCAUUCAACGACCGGACCAAAUAUUUUCAGAAUAUUAUGCCUCUUUUGCAUGGACAUUUGUAAAACAACGGCCGUUGUGGCAGACUCUCCUCCCUUUUUUUUGGCCUGUUUUGACUCUAGCGAUUUGCCUAUUUCCUGUCUAUCCUCAUUCGUGCAAGCUAUUGAUUCUCUACUCAUGUGCUGGAGUGCUUCUUCUAAUUCUCUCCCUGCUUCUAGGUACAUACCAAAGACCAGUAAUUGGUCUCUUCUUAUGUCAUCAUUCACAUUUGUGCCAGCAUCUUGUGUAUUUGGUUCGUCAUGGUCUAAUUGGCAACAAAUAUUUGCACAUUCUAAAUGGAAAUUAUUGGAAUGAAAGAAAUGAAAUCAAGAUGGACGUUUUCCUAGCUAUAUCAAAAGUUAGGCUUAGUUCAGUUUUUUAGCGAAUAUUUUAAAUGUUUGCAUACAAUUGGUUAUUUUAGUAUUAUUGAAGAUUUAUUCAUUUAUAAUUUUAUGUAAUAUUUGAAUUGAUUUAGUUUUUUAUUCAUUGAUUUUAGCAACAA